UUUUUUGAGAGGGUGAUGAGUUUUUUCUUUCAUAGGUGAAUGUGGUGGCUAGCUAGAGGGAAGUAGAAAUGGCUUACAAGGUGGAUCAUGAGUAUGAUUAUUUAUUCAAGAUUGUUUUGAUUGGAGAUUCAGGUGUCGGAAAAUCUAACAUUCUCUCCAGAUUUACGCGAAAUGAAUUCUGUUUGGAGUCUAAAUCCACCAUUGGUGUCGAAUUUGCAACUAGGACCCUUCAGGUAGAAGGAAAGACAGUAAAGGCACAAAUAUGGGACACUGCAGGGCAAGAAAGGUACAGAGCCAUAACGAGUGCUUAUUACAGAGGAGCCGUGGGAGCACUCUUGGUUUAUGACAUAACCAAGAGACAAACUUUUGAAAAUGUGCACAGAUGGCUGCGUGAGCUGAGUGACCAUGCUGACUCCAACAUUGUCAUCAUGAUGGCUGGAAACAAGUCUGAUCUGAACCAUCUUCGAGCAAUUCCAGAUCAAGAUGCAAGACUCUUGGCUGAGAAAGAAGGAUUGUCAUUUCUUGAAACCUCUGCAUUGGAAGCUUUAAACGUUGAGAAGGCGUUUCAAACAAUUUUGUUGGAUAUUUAUCAGAUAAUCAGCAGAAAAGCUUUAGCAGCUCAAGAAGCUGGUGCUACUCCUGGUCAAGGAACUGUUAUUAAGGUUGGAGACAAUUCUGGCAAUUCCAAUCCCAGACCAUGUUGUUCCAACUAAAAAAAUGUGGGGCUACUUUUUUUGUUCUUGUAAUAUGUAAGAGUAGAUUUAUAUGUGUGAGUUAUGUGGGUAAGUUUUGAAUUGAGGAAUGACAGAUAGGAAUCUU